GACUGCUGCUUGACACCCACCACAACAACCUCUCCACAUACACCACAAAACAUGAGCGCCCCCGUCUUCCGCGCCGCCCUCCGCGCCUCGUCGUCGCGCUCAUACCGCCCAGUCGCGCGCGCCUUCUCGGCCUCGCGCAUCGUCCGCGAGGAGGCCGCCGCUGCCGCCGCGCCCGUCGCGCCUAAAAUCAAGUCGAUCGUCGACUCGGUUGAGGGCUUGACGCUUCUCGAGGUUUCCGAGCUCGUUUCGGCGCUCAAGACCCGCCUCAACAUCACCGAGGUCGCCCUCCCUGCCGCCUCUGCGGCCCCAGCAGCCGGUGCUGCCGCGCCUGCGGCCGAGGCGCCCGCUGAGGAGAAGCCCAAGGAGAAGACCAUCUUCACGCUCAAGCUCGAGAAGAUCGACGCGGCCGCCAAGGCCAAGAUCAUCCGCGAGGUCAAGGCCAUCAUGCCCAACAUGAACCUUGUUGAGGCCAAGAAGUUCGUCGAGUCCGUUCCCCAGACCCUCAAGGAGAACGUGCCCAAGGAGGAGGCCGAGAAGCUGAAAAAGACGCUCGAGGGCCUCGGCGCGACCGUCUCGCUUGCCUAGGGGAUUCAUUGCAUGCACAUAUCAGAGAG